AUGGUACAGCAGGCUUGUGCUCCAUGGGGCCAUUGCCGCUCCUCCAGGACAGCUGCUCAGCUAUUUUACAGAUUGCUGGACUGCUUUGACAAAUUGGGAUCCCCCUUGAACAUUGUUAUCCACAGCCAUGGUGACAGCAGUAUGAGCUUCCCCUGCAGUAGCAGACAUUGGGUGGCUGCAGCUUGUGCUACAACAGAAAUUGAGACAUUGGCUUUCAGCCGCAGCCUUAUGGCUGGUUCCACAAGUGUGUUAAUGCUGGAAAAUUCUAGAGAACACGAUAUCGAUAUCAAUAGUUAUGAUACUGACAGUCAAAAUGAAGUUUGUAUGGACUGGAACUAUCCAAGUUUGAAAUGGCAACCGUUUCAACCCAAUCAUUGGGCAACUUUGUAUAACACUAGUUACAAUGAAUUACCUGCUCCAGGUUAUCAAGUAGAUGCAGACAAAGGAUUUAAUUUUUCAACGGCAGAUGAUUCAUUUGUUUGCCAAAAGAAGAACCAUUUUCAGGUCACAGUUCAUGUUGGUUUGAUUGGAUGUCCAAAAUAUGUUAAAACACCUCUAGGCCUUAAACCAGUUGAAAUGUUCUUCUUGAAAAUUUUUGGAGUAAAGGUUGAGGCCAUGAAUCAGGUGAUCACCAUUGAACAAUCUCAAUCAGACCGGAGCAAGAAGCCUUUUAAUCCAGUCAGGGUUGAUUUGCCAGGAGACCAAACUACAAAAAUCACUUUAGGAAGAUUGCACUUUGGUGAAACAACAGCAAAUAACAUGAGGAAGAAGGGCAAACCUAAUCCUGAUCAAAGAUACUUUAUGCUUGUAGUUGGCCUGUAUGCUGCCAGCCAAAACCAGAAUUAUUUAUUAGCUGCUCACACAUCUGAAAGAAUAAUUGUGCGGGCUUCAAAUCCUAGUCAGUUUGAAAAUGAUCGUGAAGUAACAUGGCAACGAGGGCAUGCUCCUAACACAAUUGUCUGUCAAGGCCAAGUGGGGAUCAACACAGAUACUCCAGAUGAGGCAUUGGUUGUGUGUGGCAAUGUAAAGGUAAUGGGAACAGUCAUGCAUCCAUCGGACAGACGAGCUAAACAGAAUAUCCAUGAGGUUGAUACUACUGAGCAACUAAAACGGAUAACACAAAUGAGGCUAGUAGAGUAUGAUUACAAGCCUGACUUUGCAUCAAAAAUGGGAGUAGAUCAUCCUCAUGAAACUGGUAUAAUAGCACAGGAAGUGAAGGAAAUCCUGCCAUCAGCUGUAAGAGAGGUUGGGGAUGUGACCUAUACCAAUGGCGAUAAAAUCGAGAAUUUCCUCAUGGUUGACAAAGAACAAAUUUUCAUGGAGAAUGUUGGAGCAGUGAAAGAGUUAUGCAAGUUGACUGACAAUUUUGAAAAAAGAAUUCAAGAAUUAGAAACCUGGAACAAAAAUCUUGCCAAACUGAAGCGGAUUGGGAGCAUGAAAUCCACGAUAACUGAGAAAAAUAGGAACAGCAUAUUUGGUCGAUCAACCAACAUGCCACCAUCAAAGAAACCAGUUAUGGCCAAACGCAAGGCCUACCUUAACCAGAAGAAAGGUGACUGUUCUUUACACAAGGUUUUCCAUGUUGUCAUCAUGGCUUUAUUGGGUCUCAUGGCCUUUUGCUAUAUUUCAGAGUCUUUUACAACAAAAGAAUAUACUGCCUUUACUCUGCAUACAAUGUUGUCAGAACUGACAACAAGCCAAGUAAUAAAUAUGAAGCAAAUUAAAAAUGGUGAUUGGUUUGAUACGUCUGUUAGAUCAAUAAGGAUUAUGGAAAGCCAACAACUUAUUGAUCACCGUUACUGUGCUAAAGGAGUUCAUUGUGGGAAUGGCAACUAUAGCUACAUAAUUCCAGUCAACAAAUAUACUCCUGUGAAUAUGAGAAUUACUUUGGAGAUGAACACCACAUCACCCUUGAUUGUUUACAAAUGUGUGGUGAACCUCGGCAGGACAUGUAUAAAAUCUGCAAGCAUUGUUAUGAAAAGGGAUAUUUCACAAGAAAUGUCGCAGGGAUAUCAGCAUUUCUGGUUCUUGCCUGUAGCACAUCUACAUGAGUGUACAUUCCAUUUUCGUGUUGCAGCACCAGGCCUGGCAGAUUGCAGAACAAAUCAGAACUUCGCUGGGAUAUUCUUUACCGAUUACUACUUUUACUUCUAUCGACAAUGUAUCUAAUUCAGUAGAACAAAUCCUACAUAUGUAUUGACCUUGGACUUAUUGAAGGACCUUCCUUAAGUAUAGGGUUUCUUGUAGCUCCAUUAAUAUGUUCAAAGUCCUU